AUGGUUCGUCAAACAAUAGCGAUCCGAGGCCAACCAAAGGAUGGAUACCCCGAUAUACCAAUAACUGAAGUAAUCGUCGAUAUUUUCAACGAAGAGCAAUUCUCGGAGCAUUUCCUAUGCGAAAUCAAUGCACUAGGCCAGGUUCCAGUGCUGUCGUCAAAAUGGCUUGAGAAGCCCAUCGCCGAUUCUGUUCACAUUACUCACUUCCUCGCAGAGCGUUAUCCGUCCUUGAUCCCGGCAUCGCACAAAGAACAGAUUACUAAACUGCUCAAUGACCUUCAUGCGCUCAACUAUUUCUCCUUGUCCUUCCCUGGCCGCGAAUAUGUUGCCGAGGGACUCAAACAGAGUGUCUCCAAGCGGCUGGCUACAGAAGUAUCUCCUCGGUACCGAGAUGCUUUGACCUUUAAAUUGGGCGUGUAA